UUUAGUCUGAAACCAGAAACAUUUUCGUUUCCCAGUGAUUUUUAUGUACAAAGGAAAAUGUUCUGGAAUAAAUUCCUGGUUUCAGCAAUGGAAGAGUUAAUCCACUAAGCAGCCCCAGACUGAGAUAUUGCCAGGGGAUAGUGCUUUCUGUUUCUGUCAUUUGUGGUUUAAGAAAAGAGGGUGGUGUUCUGCAUUUGAAAGGACUUUAAUGAAUGCUGUCAGUGUUUGUGAGAGCUAAUGGUCAGUAUGGGAAAAGAGAGGGGGGAAAGUGGUCGAGCUGCUUCAGGAUAGGUGGAUGAGAGUUUGCUCUGAUUGAACGGAAUGUUCCACUGUGUUGCAUCGCUAUUCAUUCUCCUUUGUUCUUUAUCAUCUGCUCUCUUGGUAUAAAAGUUAAUGCAGAUAUAUAUGUGAACGUGAUUUAUUGCCUUUCGAUCUGUUUGUUGUGUACAGGAAGGCAUAGACUUCUCUUAUCUUGGUCGGAUGCACAAAAUCUGGGUGCAGUGCUUUCUGCCCGUUGCCUAGACGAUCACUUGGUUUCUCUGAGGAUGUCUGGUUCUCGUAAAGAGUUUGAUGUGAAGCAGAUUUUGAAAAUCAGAUGGAGGUGGUUUAGCCAUCAAGCAUCAUCUCAUUCUACAGUUGACAGCCAGCAGGGAGAAUUUUGGAAUCGAGGACAGACUGGCGCAAACGGUGGGAGAAAGUUUUUAGAUCCAUGUAGCCUCCAGUUGCCUUUGGCUUCAAUUGGUUACCGAAGGUCCAGCCAACUGGAUUUUCAGAAUUCACCUUCUUGGCCAAUGGCAUCCACCUCUGAAGUCCCUGCGUUUGAGUUCACAGCAGAAGAUUGUGGCGGUGCCCAUUGGCUGGAUAGACCAGAAGUGGAUGAUGGCACUAGUGAAGAAGAAAAUGAAUCUGAUUCCAGUUCGUGCAGAACAUGGAAUUCUGAACUAUGGUGUUGGAAUAAUAAUAAAUAUAGACCAGUCGUCUAUAAUCAUUUGUAUAACGGAGAGAGGGGCAUAUCUUUACAUAGGACUUCCAACAGUAGUCAGACGUUAUCAUCCUGCCAUACUAUGGAGCCAUGUUCAUCAGAUGAAUUUUUCCAAGCCCUUAAUCAUGCUGAGCAAACAUUUAAAAAGAUGGAAAACUAUUUGAGACAUAAACAGUUGUGUGAUGUAAUUCUAAUUGCUGGUGAUCGCAGAAUUCCAGCUCAUAGAUUGGUGCUCUCCUCUGUCUCAGAUUAUUUUGCUGCCAUGUUUACUAAUGAUGUCAGGGAAGCAAGACAAGAAGAAAUAAAAAUGGAAGGUGUUGAACCGAAUUCACUAUGGUCCUUGAUUCAGUAUGCAUAUACAGGCCGCCUUGAAUUAAAAGAAGAUAAUAUUGAGUGCCUGCUGUCCACAGCUUGCCUCCUUCAGCUUUCACAGGUUGUGGAAGCUUGUUGUAAGUUUUUAAUGAAGCAGCUUCACCCGUCCAACUGUCUUGGAAUCCGUUCUUUUGCCGAUGCCCAGGGUUGUACAGAUUUACAUAAAGUGGCUCACAAUUACACCAUGGAACAUUUCAUGGAAGUAAUUCGAAACCAGGAAUUUGUAUUAUUACCAGCCAGUGAAAUCGCAAAGCUCUUGGCGAGUGAUGACAUGAACAUUCCUAACGAGGAGACAAUACUGAAUGCUCUUCUUACGUGGGUCCGUCAUGAUUUGGAACAGAGACGGAAAGAUCUCAGUAAACUUCUGGCUUAUAUUAGGCUACCUCUUCUCGCACCGCAGUUCCUGGCAGACAUGGAAAAUAAUGCACUUUUUCGGGAUGAUAUAGAAUGUCAGAAACUUAUUAUGGAAGCAAUGAAAUACCAUUUAUUACCAGAGAGACGACCCAUGUUACAAAGCCCUCGGACAAAACCUAGAAAGUCAACAGUUGGAACGUUAUUUGCAGUUGGAGGAAUGGAUUCAACAAAAGGAGCAACAAGCAUCGAGAAGUAUGAUCUUCGUACAAAUAUGUGGACUCCUGUAGCAAAUAUGAAUGGGAGGAGGCUACAGUUUGGUGUCGCUGUGUUAGAUGACAAACUGUACGUGGUUGGAGGAAGAGAUGGACUGAAGACUUUGAACACUGUAGAAUGCUACAAUCCCAAAACAAAAACGUGGAGUGUGAUGCCUCCUAUGUCCACCCACAGGCAUGGCCUUGGUGUGGCUGUAUUGGAAGGUCCCAUGUAUGCUGUAGGCGGACAUGAUGGCUGGAGCUAUCUGAACACAGUGGAAAGAUGGGACCCUCAGGCUCGCCAGUGGAAUUUUGUUGCCACUAUGUCCACCCCCAGGAGCACAGUAGGUGUGGCAGUACUAAGUGGAAAACUUUAUGCAGUUGGUGGUCGUGAUGGAAGUUCUUGCCUCAAAUCAGUAGAAUGUUUUGAUCCUCACACUAAUAAAUGGACACUCUGUGCACAAAUGUCAAAAAGGAGAGGGGGAGUAGGAGUAACUACCUGGAAUGGAUUGCUGUAUGCGAUUGGAGGACACGAUGCCCCUGCAUCCAACUUGACUUCCAGACUCUCAGACUGUGUGGAGAGAUAUGAUCCCAAAACCGAUAUGUGGACUGCAGUGGCAUCUAUGAGCAUCAGCAGAGAUGCAGUGGGAGUCUGUUUACUUGGUGAUAAAUUAUAUGCUGUUGGAGGGUAUGAUGGACAGACAUAUCUUAAUACAGUGGAGGCUUAUGAUCCCCAGACAAAUGAGUGGACCCAGGUUGCUCCACUAUGCCUAGGAAGAGCUGGGGCUUGCGUCGUAACUGUCAAACUAUAAUACAGUGCUUUGUUUUCAAAAUGAAGAUACCGUCUUCCUCAUGAAUUUACUAAAAUUAUUCUCCUACCAAGGGAUACAUUUUUAGCCAAUUUGCAAUGCCGCAUUCCUGGGCACAGAGUGCCCAAUCUCAAAGUGAAGACAGUCAAACAAGGUAGCAACGAGGGGAAGACCCGGGAUUAAAUCCUGCAUUUCUCCGUUAAGUCAUUUCUCAGUAAAUCAAAACUACAGCUGGGGGACUGACACCACGUGUGAGGACAAAUUCACCGCUCUAAAAACAGAAGCCUAUGCUGGCUGGGGAUGUCAUUUAUUAAUAAUCAAUCACAUUUUACUAACAUUACCCAGACUUCUUUUACUACAGUGCACAUACACCAGAGAACACUUUGAACGUUUGCUUUAUAACUUUAUCAUACGUUGGUUGCAGUAAUUUUUAUCUGUUUAACCACAACUGCUGCUUUCAUGACAUACUAAACACUAUGCUAAUCUUCAGUUUUUUUUCAGAAACAGCUGCAUUAUAUAGGCUUUGACUUGUGGACUUUUACUUCUCAAUUGGCUUAGUCUCAUGAAUAAAGAAAAACGAGAGUCAAAACAAUGACCAAAUGCAAACGAAAUGAUCUUUGGCUUCUUUUAAAAUGGUAUUCCUGGUAUUGUUAGAUUCACUAACAAUACAGGCUAUGAUAUCCUCAAAUUGGAACUGAAAGAUGGUGUUUUGCAGUAAAUUGAAGAGAGGCACAUUUAUGUUGAGGAAAGAAAUGUCAUAUACCCUAACAUGUUCUUUCGCCUAAGUAAUAAUUAUAUGGAUUUGUUUUCUUUUUAUUAUGAAAGAUGUUUUGAUUUUUGUCUUUUGAUAUUGACAAAACUGUUCGGAUAUCUUAUGUCCUCAAGUCUGGAUUUGCCUCCUUUGCUUUGUUUCUCACAUUUUGCUGCAGUUAGUAACCUUUCGUGUUUCUUCGUAAUCAAACAGUUUGAGGGGAAUGGGCUUAUUGAAUGUCUGAAAAAUAAGUUUAAAGUGUUUAUUACCCGAAGUUUUGUACAUUUGUAAACUCCAAUUACACAUGUGAAUGUUAAUACUCUCAGAGAAUUGUUUAUUGUCUGCAAAAAUGCACUGGGCAGCAACAUUUUAUGAUAAAUCCUUUAAGAUAUAAAAGUCAUUAACUUAUGUCUUAAUAUAAAAAUGAGUAUAAACUAAAUUCCCAUCUUUUAAAAUACAA